UUCUUUCAUGCUUUUUGGAUUUCCUUUGCUAUCAAUCUUUGGAAAACCAUAUUGAUGUGCAACUUGCAGUUUCCUCCAGUGUAAACUGUAUAUUUCACCUCUUGCAUCAGCCAAUCCACUUUGAUUACAUGUUUCCUAAGGACUUCAUCUUCUACUUUGAUUUGGCUUAUACAAACUAUUGCAAUGAAUCUGUGGAUAAAAAUGCUCACUUAGUUAUGAUUCAUUAUUUACAUGAAUUGAAAAAGGUCCAAAUCGAGACAGUAGCAGAGCAGGUAGAGCACUUUGUAAAACUUGGAGAUUUUAGAUCAGAAAUGUUAGGAAUGGGUGAUAAACCCAAGCCGUCCAAUGUUUUUGAGCUUACUGCUAAAUCAUUCUUAAGGCAUUGCGAAUUAUAUUUUAAAGGAGGAGAAAUUUCAGAAUUAUUUCACGUGACUCUUCUAUCAAUAUCUAUUGUUGUUAAGAUUGGUAAUUUUUCUGAUAAAAAAUUGGCAAAAAAACAUGAACGUAUUUGGACCAAGCGAUUUAAUGAGUAUUACAAGUCUGGUUUCAAUCAGGUUGAGUUGCGUUGUCUAGAGGAAGGAUUGAAAGCAAUGACAAUAAUACUGGAAGACUCUCCACAUUUAAUGGCUGGAUGGAAAGAUUUUUAUGUCAUUUUUUCCAGCAAAGUUCAGACUUUUGAAAUUAUGAGGGAAUUUAUUGCCCGAAGUGUGAAAUAUCUUAUACAAUCAGGAGAAGAUGGUUCGUUUAGAAUUGAUUUCCUGCAACCAUUGACACAAAUGUGCUUGAUUGUUUCACAAAAGAAAAGGGCAGCAAAUAAUUUUAGUGUUAAAACUAAUAAUGUAAUAAAUGAAGGAAAAGAAUUUUUGACAUGUUUGAUUCUGUUAAUUAAUGAGCAAAAAUGGGAGUCAUAUUACUACAAUACAAUACUUGAGAAUUGGAUGAAAAUUAUUUUUAAUCUGAUUGAUCUAUCAGAUAAAUCACACAAUGCUCAGUUAUAUGAAUGGAUAGGCGAGGAACGAAUUGAAUCAAAUUUUGAUUAUCAAUCCUGUUUUAACAAAAAAUUAAAAGAUUUACUGUCAGGUUCUCACAAUUUGUCAGCUGAAACACUGCUUAACAUUAUUUAUCUGAUGCCUGAUGAACAGUUCAACAAAGCUAGUAUUAUCUCUGAGUUUUUAGGAAAGUCUGUCCCUAAGUCACUUCUUGAAGAACCUAAUUGUCAAUUCAUAAUUCUGGCUGUAAAUAUUGCUUCUGAUGCUGAUUAUUUAAUUUCUUAUUUCAAAACUGUAAUGGAAGUCUACACAAAAUCACACAGGCAGCUUGAUUUUUUUAUUGACUUAAUGUCACUUAAUCUUCAGCCAUCAAAAAAAAUUGAAAGUGACUUUAUGAAGUUCCUUAAAAAUUAUGUUUCUUCUCCAGUUUUACUGGCUCAACUAAAAGACAAUCCUGGCAGACUUUUUUCUAAUGAUUUGACGUUCUACAAUUCAUUGAAUUUACUCAUACUGAAGCAAAUACUUAAGAAGUCACUGGAGAUUUUGGGACGUAAUGUAAUAUUGGCCAGUAUUAAGGAUUCUUUUAAUAAUGUCAACAUAGAGAAUGUAUCUUUUUCAUCGACUGGCAUUAGAGCUGCUUUAUUUAUUGUACACUCUGAGCUACAAGAUGUGGAAUUUACAAAUUUUAGCUGCUACAGAGAACAUUCCUCUACUCUCGUUUUCUUUUCACUGUCGUUUAGAACAAUUUGGACUGCUUUUAUUAAAAAGAAUAAAAAUUUCUCACUUAGUGAUUUUGAAAUUGAUAUAGCUGAUAUUCCUGAAAUUCAACCUGCUAUUGAAACUAUUCAUUCUCUUAAAAACCUUGUGUCAGUUACUACAAGUCAUGUUAGAGAAAGAACAAUCACUUACAUUAAUCUUGAAGAAAUCAAGUCAGGAUAUGAAGCUUAUGACUCUAUCUACAACUGUAUUUCCAGUGUCUAUAGAGGGGUAGAAAUUGGAGAAAAAAUUUCCAAGGAAGAAAUUGAAAAAUGUCUUUCAGAAUAUGAUUGUCUUGUGUGUAAGAUUGAAAAUCUGUUAGUGACAAAACCUAAAAAUCUUCCCAGUUUAGCAAGGCUGACUGUGAAAUCAGUCCUACAAAGCUAUGGCAUUACAUUUCCAGAUGAUUUAAAUGCUGAACUCCUUUCUUCUGUUGCACAGUCAUCUAGCCACCUUAUUGAUGAUAUUUCAUCAUUUGAAAGUGAAGAGUCACAAGAGUUUGUUGUGGUCAAAUAUCGUGCAGCCACUGGAUGUACACUUGCCACUAUUGAGGCUUUUGCUGAGCACCUUCAAAUUUUUCUCCAGCCUUUGAAUGAAUCCAUAAAUGUUCUUGCUUUCAACAUUUUGCACAAAUCACAGAUUCUCAAGAAAUGUAUCGAGCAUUUCCUAAUAGGAUCUAAUGACUCUGAUUCUACCGAGACCAAAAUGAAGAAAUUAAAUGAAGCUGUGAAAAAGGCCAAUUGCUUUGUCGAGCUGCUAAUGGAUGAUCCAGGACACAUUCUCUCAAUGAAAGAUGUUACUAGUAUUUUUAAACCUGAACAUCUCGCCGCACUUGACAUCCCAAAAGAAAAUAAAGAACUUUGUCAGUUUUAUAAAUUGAAAUAUGGUUAUCAAUUGCAUAUUGAUGUCACGGAGAAGCUUACAAUAUUUCUGGAAUUAGAUUAUGUUUGCAAGCAAGUUAACAGUUUGCACAAUGUCUGCUGUAACUAUGGACUCAUAAAUUCCUUCAAUGAUCCUGUUAUGCAUUAUCUUUUGCAGCUUUCUUAUAAUGUAACUGAAGGAAAAUCAGUAAACUAUGCUAAAGCAAAAAGGCAUGUAUGUUUUAUUAAAACAACAUUUGAUAUAAAGGAAAGAACUAGUCUAAUUGAUCAUCCAUUCUUUGCCUUGUUCUCACAUUUGGAAAAAGGCUGCCCACUUUAUAUUUUUGCUUCUGAACGUGGCUAUGGCUCAGAGGCAGGCAUGGAGACUUUUAUGCAAGAGCACAGCCUUGUGACAACAGGCCUUCUGUUUGAGGAGUUUCAUAAAGAUGUACUAGUUAUGCUUAUAGCUGCUAUGAAGCUAAUCAUUCCUUUCUUUGAUAAGACCUGUGAUCUAGUUGACUUAUGGGAUAACAUGCAAAAACUCGGUAAUGUUGAGGCUGCUAUUGCUCAGUUGUUAACAGUUAAUGGAAGUAUUGAUUACGUAAGAAGUUGGUUUAAUCAAGCUAAUGGAGAGGCUCAAGAGAAUAACAAGAAAAUUCUUCAAGCAAUUCUAAGUUCUGGAUAUUACUAUUUUAAUUUUUGUGAAGGCAGUCAAGUGGAGCUUACACUUAAAUUUCAAAUGCAUUGCUCAAUUUCAAAGCAGCAGAGACCUGAAGAACAGCAGUCCCUCCCAGUUUAUAAGCCGUCAGCCAGAGUCUUGUCAUUCAAACAAUUGCAGACACUGUCUCAGGAACUUGAUUUUAUGACUUGCAAACCAGAUUCAGAGGUGGAAAGGAAUAUGAGGUGGUUUGAAUUGUACAAAAUAUUUGCCACAAAGUUGCAUGCUUGUUAUUCUGAUCUUCAAUACAGUGGCCAUCCAGACUACAAGAACCCACCUACUAAACAAUUCACACUCUUUGAAACUCAGGGGAAUGUUUCAUGGACAGCAUUAGAAGCAGAGGUUAAAAAAUGUAAUAAGGAAAGAGAAGAAUUUGUUAAAGAUAUGGUGCUCUAUAGGAAAAAGUAUCAGCUGCUGUCAUACAUUAAUACUCUGAAGCUUAAAGUCAUUUAUGAUAGCCUUAUUGGCCUCAAGGAUAUUGAUAAUCUUCUAAGAGAUGUUGGCCUGUUCCUUAAUUUGGAUGUCAACUCUCAUCCUCAACUGUAUAAAUGUCUUGAAGGCCUCCAGAAAAAAUAUGAUUCUGAUGAAGUAAAGAAAUUGUGGCAUCCAGCAAGGCUGGUAGGAGAGUUCCUGAAUGAAUUUAUCAGUCUUUCAUCAGUUCAGCCUCAUUUGUUGGACUUUAUGAAACUAAUGGAUCUUAGUACCUUCUCUUUAACAGGACUUGGGGAUCUUGUAACCUUUUCAUUAAUAUCUGCUCUAAGCUGUAGCCACCUAGAUCUACUGAGGCUCAUUUAUUGGACUUUUAAUGAGAGCUUUCCAACCUUUCACCAGCUCUUCAGGUGCUCAGGGAGGACAAAGAAAGAGGAUAUUGAGUUAUUCUUUGAUCGUGUGAAACAGUGCUAUAGCAUUGAUAAAUAUCUUGUAUUAGGAGUCAAUCUAAUCAGUAAUGACCUGCAACAAAUAUUUUUGGAAAAUUGUUCAAGCCUCAAAACUACAGUUACAAGUGAACAUCACAAUAGGAGACUCUCCAUUUAUCUAGUAGAGUAUUCCUCUUCUCUUUUUCAACAUAUACCAUGGAUAUCACAGUCAAACAUUGCAACUAUUGAUAAUCUUCCCAAUUUUGAUUCAAUGAUUGAACAAAUACAAAGUUGUAACAUUGGAACAAUCUUUAAAAACUUUGAAGUUGUUUAUGGACAACAUGGUAGUGGGAAGAGUUAUUACAUCAGGGACUGUAUUAAAAAACACAGAGAAAACCACUCUGCUGGAAAUAAUUCUGCUAAUUAUGUAAAAAUAUUGAGCAUUAACGAGACAUUUAACAAGAUACGAUUUGUUAGAAGAUUCAGAAACGACUCCUUGAACACUGUUGAUGUGUUAAUUUAUUUGAAUAUUAAUUUAGUUUGGCCACAGAGUAAAAAUUAUCAAGCACUGUUUGAUGAGCUAGUGGAUGAGAUUAAUUGGUUCUUUUUUGAAUAUUUUAUUCUUCAUUAUGUUGAAGUCAUAGAGUACAAGUCCAGUGAUGGUUCGACCUGUACUUCACCAGAAUGUUUGUCACUAAUACUAACUAAAGGCACAUCAUUAUCUGUCUAUGUUGAAGCACCAUUCUGGGACAUUCCUCUUAUACAAGAAGCUAUUGAUCACAGAAUAUCCAUCGAAAAUUCUAAUGAUUUUUCAGAUACAUCAUCAAGCCCCUUCUCUCUUGAUAAUACUGUGGCUUCAGUGGAUGAAGAAUCACUCAGAAGAUCAGUAAAGAAAUUUGAUGAGAUUUUUCCUGUUUUUGCCCUCCUUGGAAAGAAAACACAACCUCCAUCACUUUAUGAUGUUAGCAGCAGUGGAGUCCAGUUAGUCUGUAAGUAUCUCAAGGGAUACCAUGAUAAAAACUUGGAUCAUCUUAUGAAACGUAAUAACAAAAUAAUUAAGAUUGAUAGAAUCAUUGGUGAGGUGAAGCCAGACAAGUGCCACAAGCUUAUUGGGCAGCACUUGCCCUCAACAGUGUCUGGUAACCAGUUGAUGACAACAAUCUACCUCAAGUAUAUGGAAAGGCGCUGCCGUUUUAUGGAAGAUAGUGUUUUUUUUCAAAAUAACGUUGGACUUCCUUACCCAGUUGUUGAUGAUGAUGGUAAAAAGAUUGGUGAAUUUAACACAUCUAAAUUGAGAUCAAAUGUAUUUGAUAUAAUGCUACAUGAGGUACCAAACUUUUGCAAACUUUCCAUGUCAGGGUCCUCAAAAUGCCACACACAACUUAUUUAUGAUGUUAGAAAUGGUGGAGGUACAUUUAAAUUAUUUUGUUCAAAUCCAGAAGAAUUGUCUGACAAAAAAUUGGAACAGUUGAAAAGUAUUGGUAUUGUCAUACCACCCGAUAGAAUACGUCUCAGCACAAAAAUGUUUCAUGAAUACCUUUCAUUUGCUUUAAAUGUAAGAAAAGAUGAAAAGGGUGAAAUUGCUUUAAUAAAGACGAAGAAGUGUGUUCUCACUAGUGAUUUUGUUCACAAAUUGCUUAACAUCCAUGAGAGGAAGGGGUGUGGCAUGCCAGUAGUAAUUGAAGGAGAGACAGGAGUUGGAAGUACAUUCCUAUUGGAGCUUCUGUCUUCACUUUGGAAUCAUUCGUGGAAUGAGCAGUUGACUCUACAGAGAAGUCGAUUUAAAAUUUUUUUCAAAAAUAAAUUGUCCUUGCUUCAAAAGAAGGGUUCUUUUGAUGAAUCACAGAAGAAAGUUUUGAAAGAUGCUUUUUUCCUUUUUACAGAACAUAAAAAAAUUGAGACUAAUAUGAAAAGUGCUCUUAAUAUUAUUAGUGAUCUACUGAAGUUUCAAGAUCCAUCAAGCUCAAGUGCUACUCUCCUUACUGCUUUAAAGAGCCAAUUUAAAGUUAACAUGUAUGAUCCCGUCAUAGCAAGUCUUGAAAUUCCACACGAACUGUGUAAAAAGGGCAGGGAAUUUAGUGAACUCCUGACUUAUGCACAAACAACUUGUGAUGAAAAUACAAUGGCAGAAAUUGUUUGUGGUAUUCUUUAUGGUAGACUACGGGAAACAUUCUAUAAAAUUAACAUUCAUUCAGCUAUCACUGCAAAAGAAGUUGAGGAUUUCUUCUGUACUGUUCAAAAGCACGCUGAGUCUUUGAUCUCUUAUUAUGAAGCGUUUAUUAAGCAUUCUCCUGAACUAAAGACACUUUAUCGAAAGCCAAUUUUAACAGUAUUUUUAAAUGAAAUUAACACUUCAUGUUGCCCUGGUUUUAUGAAAGAGAUUAUUAUUGAUGGCAUGAUUGAUGGAAGAUCUAUUUCUACUUCUGGAAACAUCUUCAUAGUUGCUGCAUGCAAACCUCAUCAAGCCAAUAGUCUAGCAGUUGUAACAAAAUCAGGAAAGAAGCGUUGGUUUAAUCCUACGUAUUACGUUCAGAACCUUCCACCUUCACUCAAGCUUAUAAGGUGGGAUUAUGGACAGUUGCAAAAGAGAGAUGAAGAGGAAUACAUUAAGGAAAAGCUUCGUCUUGAAUGUGAAGACAUGCCUCAGCUAGAGUACACCUUUCUUGCUCAACAAAUAGCUAAAGCACAGGAGCUUAUCCGUUCUUUUGCCUGUGAGAAUCUAAUGCUAGAAGGUAUAAAUGAAGAAGAUGCUAAACUUUUUGCUCAGAGCACAGUCAGUCAAAGAGACAUUAAAAGAGUUUUUCAGUUGUACUCUUAUCUCAAGAAAUGGUUCACAUGUGACACAAAAUAUGGACAUGAGUCUGAAUUUAGGAUCUCUGUUCGUGCAGUUUUUAUAUCAUUGGCACUAGUGUAUUAUUUUCGUUUGAGUGACGAAAUUAUAAAGUCUCAAAAAACAGUCCAACCUGGAGGAAAAGAAAAGAAAAGUUUUCGGAAGCGUUUUAAACAGAUCAUGCAUGAAAAACGUACCAUUGGAGAGUUUAGCAUUCCCGUAACUUUUAAUGAAGCAUUGUCUAAUGAGCUGACUUGGGUGUCUAAAAAUAUAGAUUUACCCAAAGGUAUAGCUCCCACUGAGGCUCUUAGGGAGAAUAUUUAUGCUAUCAUAGUAUGCACAAUGACAAAAAUUCCAGUUAUUAUUGUUGGCCCUACUGGUUCUUCAAAAACCCUCUCAUUUAAAAUUGUGGCAAAAAAUUUUCUUGGUACAAAAUCAAACAAGAAAAUGCUUGAGACUUUUGAAUCUUUUAAGAGCCUGGAUCCUCAGUUUUAUCAGUAUUCCAGGAAAUCGACAUCGCAUGAGAUUGAGGUGGUUUUUCAAAGAGCAAUAUCACGACAGAAGGCCUUUGAUGAAGGAGAAAUCAAGAGUUUGUCAGUGGUACUGAUGGAUGAAGCUGAUAUUCCAGAGUAUACCCAUGAGUCUCUAAAAGUACUUCAUUGCUUUUUAGAUGAUCCCAAGGUUUCAUUUGUUGGUUUGUUCAACACAGUACCAGAUGCUACUAUAACUAAUCGUGCUAUUAGUGUAUAUAGAACUGAAGCAUCACAUGAGGACUUGCUCCAGUUAGCUAGAUUCUCAUUCUGUCAUGGUCAACCUGAUGAGCGCAUUAACGACAACAUGAGCAUCAUUGAGGGUUUUAUAAAAAUUUAUGAACAAAUGAUGAAUCUUCCAGUUUAUAAUAGUUUCUUUGGCCUCAGAGACUUUAUAUGUUUUUUUACUGCUCUGAAUACCACUGGUCAGCAAAUAAUUUCACCACAGUCAGUCGUGAUGGCUCUUGAACAAAAUUUUAGUGGGACAAAUAAAUUUGAUGAACUUUUGAAAGCUUUCCUAGGAAUUAUUGGUUCUAAUCCCAGUCAACUACAAAAAAGGUCGCUAAUUGAUAUAUUGCGCACUAGCUUUAUACAAAAGUCCCGAGACCUCAAUUCUGAAAACAAAAAUCGCUACAAGCUACUUAUUGACAGCAGUGAGGACCAGUCGCUUGUCAGGCAACUUUUUAAUUUUGGUAUACUGAAAAGGAAUGAAACCAGAAUACUCUCUUGCUCUAAGCUACCAGGAGACAAUGAUUCACAAAAGUUAUACACUGCAAGUGCCAUUAGGCAUUCUGUUACGCAAGGUCACACUGUUAUGAUAUAUCAAGCUGAAGAAAUACAAGAAUGUUUCUAUGAUCUCUUUAAUCAGCACUUCACCUGCAUUAAUAGUACAAUAAAUGACGGAGAGAAGUCUUACUACUGUAAUGUGGCUAUUGGUCCAGUCAUUAAACCAACUUGUGUCAGUCCAUUCUUUAACUGUGCCAUGAUUAUUAGGGAAUCUGAAGUGUCACAAACUGAGAGACCUUUCCUUAAUCGAUUUGAAAAGUUUUCAUUGACUCACAAGGUUCUACUUAAGGAAUCUUUGUCUAAGCACAGUCAAAGCAUCAGAAACUUUUUUGAUUGCAUGAGGAAUAAUAUCAUGAGUUUUGUUCAAAAGUGCAAUGAGUCUAGUUUUUAUGGGUUCACAAACCAAAAUAUUGAUUCACUUUUGCUUUCAAUUAUUUCUUUGUCUGAGGAGGAAACUGAUAGUAAUUGUCCCUUAAUAAAGCAAGAAUUUUAUGAGUGCAGAAGAAAAUUGCUUUCAGAUGAGGUUGAUUCUAAUGAAAAGCAUCAGUGCCAGUGCAAUACAGAUGUAGGAGUUUUUGUGAGACAAAUUGUUGAUUGUUUUUCAAACAAAUAUAGAAUAACUUUAUCAUUGGGACAUUGUGAGGAAUUUAGUGAAUUAAUUGAGCACUUAAAUCAUUGUGAAGAAGAAUGGUUCAAGGCAUUUUUUAAACAGUCCAAUGCAAAAGAACGAGAGAUUCGUGUUAAAAGGGAUGUUGAAUAUUUAAAUGAAGCAAUUAUCUCGUUUAAUGAACCUGAAAACUUCGUAUAUCAUUUACUGAGUAAAUUAAUGACCAUACAUCUCAUCAAGCAACUCCUCUACCUAAUGACACCAGAAGCACUCGUCAUGCAUAGUGGAAAAAUAGAAAAUUACUAUAAAUCAUGCUAUCUUAUUCACCAACACCAUUUUUCACUUAGCAAUAUUAUUAAAUGUCAAAUGGAGGAAAGCAAAAAUGUUCAAGUAGUCAAAAAGUUCCUUUGCUACACGCGAACAUCACCCGUCCUUCUUGAACUUAUACCAGCACAUUUCUACAUCAAAUCAAGAACAGAAGAAGAAGAGAAAGAUCAGCAAUUGCUAGCUGAGUUUUUUGAGAUGAAUUCUGAUCAAAUAUAUACAUACAUAAUCACAAAAUUGACAAGUCAGGAGAAAUUAAAUACAAUUUUGAACCAUUUUUUCUUGUCUUCUUGUACCAUUCUCCUACUCUCUGCUGACAUGAAUGAGCUACACAAAGACACUAUUAACCACACAAGGCUACUCAUUGAAGAGGCAGAGCUAACUCGAAAAGAGCUUAAUGCCAACAAACUUAUAUUUCUUAUACUUCAUUUCCCUACCAACAUGUUUUACUCUCAUUGCUAUCCUUCAAUAUUUCUAAGUGGUUGGAGACAUAUCUACAUGGAUAUGAUUGGACAGACAAAAACAACAACAAAUACAAAUGUGGAAGAGUGGCUUAAAAUAUGUCUUCUUCGAAAGAAUACAACAAAAACUGUAAAGACAAAAAGUUUUGUGCCAGAUUCCAUUUUAAACUUGUGGAUUGAAGAAUGGCUUCCCAUGAUUGCAAAUAGCAUUCCUAUACAAUAUAUAAAUGAUUUUUCUAGUGAGGCAGAUGCUAAGAAUUGUUGGAAAAAUCUUCUUAUUGAUUUGAAAGUUGACAGCGUGAUAAAGAAAAGAUUUAAUAGUUACUGGCAAAAAAGUACCAUGUAUGAGCUGUCUCAUCAUGCAGCUAAUUAUGUAGUUACAUAUCACUCCACUUGCUCUCUUUCUAGUACCAUAGAAGCUACCAUACAAUCUAGUUUCAAGAAUUUUGUUCUUUACUUUCUGUUCAUGAUUAAUCAAAACAUGGCAAUGCAUACUGUAAUGGGUCAAGGAGAUGGAGAAAGUUUUGUGGAUCCUUUUCUUAAAAUACUCUCAGUUCUUCCACUUCCUAAGUCCCUUGAAGAGAUCAGGCUAGAGCUCACUGUUCUCAAUUAUCCCGUAUUACUCUCUUUUGACAGAAAGAACAUUGUGCCUCACUUUCCAUUUUUUCCAGUUGUCUACAAAUCAAUAGAAGCACUCGUCAACAAGGCUCUUUGCUCUGUACUAGAACCUCUAGAGCUAGCAGUGGCAGAAGAUGAGACAGAACAAAAGUUAGAAGGAGUAACUUUGACUGGAACAAAAAAGAAAAUUGAAGAAACAGUAAAAAUGAUCGCAAUAUUAAUUAAGGAAGAUGACAGCAUCAUUAAAGUUGUGGUUGAAUUGCUGAAAUAUGCUCAACUUUGGGCUGCAUAUUUUAAUGAUGCAAUAAGAAAGCAACUGGACAGAACUGUUGGGAUAUUUUCUAGGAAUUGCCUGCAACAGCACCUGGCUCAUGUCAAUUCAGAUAAUGUUCCAUUGAAGUUGGCUCAACUGCAUUAUCACUUACGAGUUUCAUGGCUAGAUGCUGACUCACUUUCUUUGCUAAGAAUACUUGAUGAGUGCUCAGAAAUCAUGCCUAAGCACUCAAGUUUAAAGCAAAAGUUAGAUCUUACUGAUAAAACAUUAGUGGUUCAGCACAUCAUUGAAAUACUUUAUGAUGGUCUUUUGAUUUUAUGUUCCAACCCAAGCAGUGAGUCCAAACUAAAGAUGAAGAAUCUUGGAAGUCUCUUUUACAGAAUGAUGAGCUUAUUCAAGCUUCAUUCCACAAGUGUAUUUUCUUCUCAGCUGAAGAGCAAGUGGAUCAUAUUGUGUGUUGCUUUUCUUGUUAAUCAUAUGAUAACAAUUGAUUCGAAAAACAUCUUUGCUAUUUCACCUGAAAAUUUUGUCACUGAAAUUACAAAGAGCCUGAAAGCUGCAAUUGAUUCUGGAAAUAUCAUUGAUUUGACUGUAUUGAUUGACACUGUUGUAGUCAUUACCUUUAAAAAGGAAAAUGUACUGAAUUUACUUCAUGAUCAAACCUAUUAUCCAACGUUACCUUUCUAUUCCAUCAUUGAAACCAUAAUCAAUCACUACAUAACGUUUUAUUAUGAUGACAUCACUCUAGAGACAAUGGCUUAUAUCUUUUCUAUCAUUGGCUUGGUUGUCAGUAAAUGCACAUCUGAAAGAAUGAAGCGUACUGCAGCUAUGUAUAAGCAUAUGUUCUCUCUCUUAUUAUUGAAAGGGAGUAUUAACAGCAAUGCUAAAUUAGAAGCAUCAGUUAAAAUGGAUGAUGAAAAUAACCCUCUUCUUUUAUUUACCAACAAAGUAAGGAAUGGCCUGUGCUAUGCUAUCAAUCAAGGAUCUAAAAAAGAGUUUUACAGAGUAGCUUACUUCAAAUGCUGUCCCAAAAUGAUAUCACAAAGCAAAGGUUUGCUCCAACAUGUUUUGUGUGAUAUGUACUUUGAGACUAGUUUGGACAGACUGUAUGGGGAAAGCCACAAAUUCAAAGAGCUUAUGGCACAUUAUCAAAAACUUAAUGGCUGUACAACUGGUCCUUUGUCUACAAUAGUUGAUGUCGAAAGACAAGUUGUGGUUCAUGUGACCAUUAAAUCUCUUUCAAUCACUAUACUGAAGACUGAAAAUGAGAGACAAGUGUUGGCCGAUGCUUAUGAUGGCUUGAAUAGUAUGCUUGAAGAAAGUAACAACCUAGUUAUGAAAGGAAAGAAGGAUUUGACUGGUAAUGGUCUGAUCUUACUUAUGAGGUUGUUCUGUGCUUGUAAGAGUGAAAGAAUAUUAUUCUCUAUGAUGACAACACAGUUUCAAUCAAAUCUUCAUGACUAUCAUUGCCUUCAACCAAUUCACAAAGUCCUUUCUCUAGAAAAUCUUUCCUUUCCAGAUGAGCUACCCCUAUUGCUGUAUUUUAAAAAUAAGCACUCCAGCAGGCAUGCAAUAUACACACAAAUUCACAGAUCAAUUGUGUCUAUUAUCAAAUUCAAUGGCCAGAAAGGAGUGGAUGAUCUUAUGAAGGUUGCUUUGUCUUGUUACAGUAAUAAGACCUCUACCGAUAAGACAAAAUGGACGUUCAACAUGUCCAUUUUUAUUGCUAUAUAUAAGGAGGUUUUUCCAACUAAUCCAAGGGCUGCAGUAGUUAAAAGAGUAUUGCAAGAUAGUGUCAGUCAGUACGUUGAUAAGGAUCUCUUUCUUCCCUUUUUAAUGUGGAUUGUUGACCCAAGCAAUGCUGGUACACCGUCUGAUAGACUGAAAGACUUCUUUGUCAAAAGCGAGGGGGACAAGGAGCAUGUGGAGUGCUUAAUAGAAUUGGCUGCAAUUUUGUUUGGUAAUGAAGAGAAUUGCUGUCAUCUUUGGGAACAUCUCUUUUCAGCUCAGAAUAUUAAUCCUACAUUUGUACCUGGAACUAUGGAGACUGGGAGUAUUGAUACUUAUUAUUUUGAUGUUGUGCUUCCAACAAAUCAAACUUUUCGUUUUACAAAAAGGAAGAGCCUAACGCGCUAUUCUCUGAUAUUUACUCAAUGGAUGAACUAUGGGCUACUUUGUUUUUUGAUUGCUGUUAAACCUCACAUUAUCAAGUCUUCACCUUUUGAUCAGAAGCCUAAUAUUGUUUUACUGUGUCUUAAAAGGCUAAAAGAUUUAUGGGAUAUGCUAAUGACUGAGUUCAAUUUGUCACGUGAAGAAAGGAAAAGACUUGUCAGUAUUGGGAUUCAGAAUAUGUACACGGCAUUGAGCACUUUUAGAUUUGAUAAAACCUGGAGAACCCUCAAGCAAUUACCAGACAAAGAUAGUCUUGCUCAGUAUGAGUGUAUUUUUCAUAAUGAAGUCUUUUUGCAAGCAUGGAGGUUGAUGAAGUCUCCUCAAAUCAAAUUUUCAACUUUUGGUAGUACAGUUGGUGAGGUGAUGAGGGAGUUAUCUAGGAGUGUUCCUGAGUUAAAUAUUUGCCCAGCCAAGAAUGGAUUCUUAUAUUGCAUCCUAUUCUCAAAUAAUCUCUACAAUGUAGACUCAAAGCUCUAUGUCCUCUAUCAGUUCCUGUUGAGACGCCCAGCACUAAAUGCUGGUGCUCACCUCCUACCUGUUCUAAUAGAUCUUUACAAUUGGAUACACUCUCAAACAUGUUACAUGGUUACAUUGGAUGUAGCUAAAAGUACUUCAACUUUUAAAGUCUUGACGUCCAUCCUUCAGCAACAUUUUCCUGACCAAGAGGAGAAAAGACUAGGCCAGUUGCAUCAAAUCAAAGAAAUGUAUGAUCACUACACAAUGCUUUCCUUAACUGAAGAAUCAAGCUUGGAAACAUUCAGCACUGAAAUAACAUUUCACGACAUGGUGUCAACUGAUUAUGCAAAGGGUAUACUGUACAGAAUCAUAAUUCAAAUAGUUGACAGUUACAAUCGUUUCCUUGAGAUUGUUUAUACUCAUUUUUCUACAAGUUAUCAUUUUGUGAACUACAAGCCACAGUUUAAGAUACCAAUCUGGGAGAUUACACAGCACACUUGCUCAUUUGGAGUAUCAAAAAAUUGUUAUGAUGUUAGUGAUUUACAGACUAUUAUUGAGAAUUACCAGUCAUUUGAUGUCAAUAUUAAUCUUUAUGAUAACUAUGAACUUGAUCCUUCUAUACCAUACAAUGUCAUGCCUGGGGUGUAUUUUCUUGAAGGUAUUCAAAGUGAAGUUGUUCAAAAGUUCAUAGUACAUAAGCAGUUUGUGGAAAAGAAUGGGUUCUUAAAGCGUUUUGCCUUCAGUGAAUGCUCCACUUGUGAAGAAGUUUCUAGAGAAUUGUUUUAUACAGCAACAUAUGGCUAUAAAGACACAGUAGAAAGGCUUAGCCGUUAUCCUUCACUUAUGGCUACACUGACAAAGAUGGAGCUACAUGAAAUUGAGACUGUAUUUCAUUCUCUAUCUUAUGAUGGGCUUUUGAGUGUUUGUGGUGGCCUUUGCUUAUUAUUGAAGAUGCUACUAGAGAAAUCUAGUCAAGGAGAGACUGGAAUUGAUAAGCUCACAAUAAAAAGUUUCUUAAAUAAUUAUUAUAAAAUUAAGAUUGAUGAUAUUGGUAUUUUAUUGUGUGCUGCUGAUAAAAUCAGAUCAGGACUUCUUAUGAACCAGUACAACUAUUUGUCUGAGACUCAUGUUGCACAUGUGAAAGAUAUAUCUGAGUUGUUCCACGAAUGGGUUAAGAUUGGCUUUUAUGACUUCAGUCAUCUUCCUUUCGAUUUAAAAGUUAAUCUUAAUCAAAAAGAAGAAAUAUUGGAGAAGAUUGAAAAUGAAGAUGAAGAGACUGUUAAAAAUGCUAUUCAUCAAUUAUUUGCAAUGGAGAGGCUAAUAUGCUACAAAGCCACUGAUGAUAGAUCUACUAAAAUUUGUGAUGUCAAUAAAGAGAGGAAAUUAAAUUCAUACAUCUUUUCUCUAUCAAUUAAAUACUAUGUUCAUCUCCAAUUGGCAUUAAGAAGGAGGUUAUUGCAUCUUCUAGAAACAAGACAGAAAGAGCAACACAAUGUGACAAUGAAGCAAAAAGUAGACAAUGCAAUAAUUGACUCUCCCCCUUCUCCUAAUUUUACAAGCCUUUCUAGAAUUUUAAGUAUUCAAGAUAGAGCUGCUGAAGAUGCAGUUGUUGAGGAGUUAACCAUUAGCACUGACAGUAAUACAGCGGGAGCUUUUGCUCCUAAUCCUGCAAUGCCCAAGCAACAUCCCAGUUCAUACAUGAUAGAAGAUGAGGAUCUAUCAGAAGCAGCUAGCAAACUUACAGAAACUGAUGUUGCUCAACUAUUAAAAAGAAUGGGAUUGCAUGAUAGUGCUGAAUUUGUUCAGACAACUGGAAUCAGUGGAGACAUAGUCUACUCCCUUUUGACUAUGCCAUCGCCAGAUUUAAAAGAACUACAAAUACCCAACAGAAUUUAUGAACUGAGGUUCCAGGUUCAAUUUAAAAGACUUUUAGAGAAAAAAGAGCUGGAGCAUGUGUUUUCUUCUGAACUGUUAGCACAAUUUUUGAUGGAGAAUAAACGAUUUAGUCAAUAUGCAAAGGUCGUUCGAGAAAAUGAACUUGAUGGAGAAAUGCUGUUGCUUGCAAGUGAUGAUGUCUAUCGUGACCUUGGCAUUUCAUCACUCUACCAGGCUUUAAUUAAAAAAGAACUUCAAAAGAAAUUAAAAGAUUUUUAAAAUCAUUGUUUCAUGAUUUUAUGAAUUCUAGUUAUAAUAAUCAGUGUUGCAAGUUGUAAAAAACAAUUGUAGGCA